AUGUCGACUGUUAGCACCAAUUCCGCAAUACCUGCCCCUUCGCAAUCACAUACAGAUCGAGGAUACGGCGCUGCAAGUACCCCACGAGCUCGUCCACAGUCUCAAUUCGUGAAUGGAGGCCCUGUAGUGACGGAUUACGCCACAAACGACCUUGAGCCUCCUGCAAAUAGCCAGAACUCACACGGAAGAUUCAACGAGGAGUGGGACGCAAGUCAACGAGGAAGCUCAAUAGUAGACGGCAAUAUGCAUCGAUCACAUUCAGUUAUGUCGCAAGGCGAUACCUUGAUUCCUUCAAGAGGCGGAACCCUCAAAAAGAAGACUUCUUUAAAGAGAAGCAGUAGCAAACGCAGCUCGCGAGCUGGAAGUGUUCGCAGUUUGGUCGUUCAUCCGCAGGGUGACAUCGAUGAGUUUCACAGUGCAUUUUAUUCUCCCGUUCCUACCAGCGGAAAUCCGACGGAUAUUUUGGCAAACAGAUUUCAAGCUUGGCGUAAAGUCCUCAAGGAUCUUAUUCUCUAUUUCAAAGAAAUCCAAAGUCAGUACGAGCACAGAUCGAAGAGUCUUUCAAAGGUCUCGAAUGUUAUCAACAACACGACGGCACCGUCUGUCUUUUUACCAACUGGUGGGAUUGAUGAUGCCCUCCAAAUCCUUCGCAACUAUCACAAGUCCGCAAUCGCAGAGGCAAAUAAGUCCAGGGACAUUGAACAAGAUGUCAUUCUUGCUUUGACAGGCUUGCGCAGCGAUUUACAACAGAAGAUCAAGGAGAUCAAGGGUUUAUCUGGUGACUUUAAAAAUUCGGUUGAUAAGGAGAUGGAAGCUACUCGAAAAGCUGUGACCGCAUUACAAGAGGGUUUGGGUCAAGCGGAUGUUAAUCCUUCUCAAAUGACGGGCAAGCAUGAUCCAUACUUGCUCAGACUUGCUGUGGACCGUCAGGUCGAGAAGCAGAUUGACGAAGAGAAUUACUUGCACCAGGCAUAUCUCAACUUGGAAGCGUCGGGGCGUGAGCUCGAAGCCAUUGUCGUCGGCGAGAUUCAAAAAUCUUACAACGCCUUGGCAGGCAUCCUGAAGCGAGAGGCAGAUACUGCUUAUGCCGCCGUGGAUGAACUACGCACGGGUCCUAUUGCCAUGCCAAAAGAUCAUGAGUGGACUGCAUUUGUCGAAAAUGAUGAGUUUUUCGUUGACCCAAAGAUCCCUGUAAGAACACCAGAAAUUAUAAGAUAUCCUGGCCAGGAUAACGAGCUCGCUGGUCCCGGCUGGUACGUCCUUUCUCCUACUCAUCUACAUGAGUUCCGUUCUGCGGAUAAACUUCAGGCGCCCAUCAUGUCUCUCUACCUCCCUGAGCAAAAACUUGGCUCUCAUUCAAACGAGGGAGGAUCCUCCAACAAGUUCAUACUCAAAGGUCGCCAAACCGGGGCACUACACCGUGGACACUCUUGGGUAUUUAGAGCAGAGACACGUGAUACCCUACUUGCUUGGUACGAAGACAUCAAGACUUUGACGGAAAAGUCCCCACAAGAACGUAAUGCGUUUGUGCGUCAGCAUGCGCGCAGCGUUAGUGGUACAUCUCAACGAGCUAGUUCCAUCAGCAGCGACGGAGUCAUGGACGAGGAGGACGAAGAACCGUUUUCAGCACAUACGUCAGCCAUUAUAGGCACUCAAGGACUCAAACAAGAACAGAAGCGUCCUGAACCAGGUGGGAGAUUUCCCUCAGAUCUACAAGUCAAUGCGGCGCGUGGCUUACAGGCUCCUCUCUCGCCUUCUAGCGGCAGUUCCAAUUUUGGAGGUGAAGCAGAUGAUGCAGUAACCACUGCUGCAGCUCUGCCCGCAAGUGGUGUUAGCCAUAAUUAUGGAGAGGACCCUAAUCCCGCGUCGCCGACACACGCACAGAUGAUAAAUCAAGCUGCUAAAGAAGAUGGUGUGAAUCCUUAUACUUACGAACCCAUUCAGAAUAUGAACAUUACGCGUAAUAAUCAACACGAGUUACCUACCACGGUCGCAGCCGCCGGCCUAGGCGGCGCCGCUUUAGGCAUUGCAGGUGCAGCCGCAUAUAACGAUCGCGAAACCCAAAAACAACGUGAGCAAGCAGCCAUGGAAGCAACCGUCAUAGCCGCACCUGACGCGGAUCAACUUCGAGAACAGGCAGAUAAAGAAGCAACUAUGAUUGCAGCGCCCGACGACAAUACAUACGAAGGCAAAGCACAACAACAAGCAGACUUGGAAGCGAUGGCCAUGGCCGCUCCCGAUAUGAACAUGUCUGGCGGACGUAGCCUCGGUGAUAGUAGCGCAGCCCCUUGGUUUAACGAAGCACAGGAGACGGCAGCUUUAACAAAUGCCACAACUACUACUGAACCACGGUCAGUGGAGACACUCCUCGAUCCCCUUGCCAAAGAUCUCGGACGCCCGACUUUAGCUGCUGGACAAAAUCAUCAGAGUGUCCAGAGUAUCAGUCAAUUACAUGUGCCUGGAGAAUUUCCCAGGCCUAGAAAAGAGGCAGAAAGUUCUUUGAGUAGUGAAGCCAUAUAG